CCUGUUCAAUCGAUGUUUCAUUGAUAGAAAUGAAACACCCCAAACUACAAAUAUUGAUGGUGAUGCUCACACGCACGCCCAUGAAUUUCCAUUUGAAAAUUCGCAUCUGUUUCCACGAUUGCGCAGUGUUAUACGCGUUUGACAUCACUCCACACUGAUAGACUCUCUCUCCGCUGGUGGUACCGCGCGUGGCCAACGGCUCUCCCAACUGAAAGCUCGUUCAAUGAAUCGUCGUCCUCGAUUUGGCGAAAUAGUUUGAAGAAAGGCCGCCCAGGAAAGAACGUCGCAACGCUCUUAUGCCGCGGACGUCACCGUUCUUCUGUUUGUUUGACUAGGACGGAGGAGCGCGCGUUCCUGGGCUCGCUUCCUAGGUUUUGGUCGGGGAGGCAGUGGGUCGACGGCGCUGGUCCCGAGAGAUGAUGGAGCUCGAGUCGGCCAGUAACAGGGGCGAACUGGGAGCCGUGGGGGACCCGCUGCAGCCGCAGACGCCGAGCAGACAUGAGAAAAGCUUGGGACUCCUCACCGCUAAGUUUGUAACUUUGCUGCAGGAGGCCAAGGACGGAGUCCUCGAUUUGAAAGCUGCAGCAGACACAUUGGCAGUGCGGCAGAAGCGGCGGAUAUACGACAUCACUAAUGUGUUGGAGGGGAUUGGACUCAUUGAGAAAAAGUCCAAGAACAGCAUUCAAUGGAAGGGUGUAGGUCCAGGCUGUAAUACGAGGGAGAUCGCAGACAAGCUGAUUGACCUGAAGGCAGAACUUGAUGAUCUCGCCGUCAGGGAACGUGAGCUGGACCAGCAGAGAGUCUGGGUACAGCAGAGCAUCAAGAAUGUCACAGAUGACUCCAACAACAGUCCUAUGGCCUAUGUGAAACACGAGGACCUCUGUGGAGCUUUCAAAGGCGACACCCUCCUAGCGAUACGUGCCCCCAUUGGCACUCAGCUAGAGGUGCCCAGGCCAGAAUCUGUUAUGAAUGGACAAAGGAAAUACCAGAUCCGUUUGAAAAGUUCUUCUGGCCCCAUUGAAGUUUUACUGGUCAAUAAGGACCCAUCCAGUGCCGCUCCAGUUGUUUUGCCUGUCCCUCCUCCAGAUGACGUACUUCAGAGCCUCCCAGCACCGUCGCCCUCCUCCCAGGCUACUAAAGCGGCUCCAGAGCCUUUCAAAACUGCUUCUUCCACAACAUCAGCCACCAGCCAGCCAACCUCAGUUACAGAAGUGAGCAGCACCACGCCACUCGGUCCGACCGCAGAUACUCCCGCUGCCGUUACUCAGCAACUUCAAUCCUCCGCCUCCUUGGAUGGAUCUGUGUCGUCUUCUGCGUCGGCGGUUUUUGAACCAAUGAAGUCUGACCCGUCCGAACUGCUGGACUUUCCUAAAGAGCUUUCGGACAUGUUUGAUCCAACAAAAGAGAUCAUGAGUGGAGAUUUGUUGGAGGACCUGAUGUCGUCAGAAGUGUUUUCGCCUCUCCUGCGUCUGUCGCCCCCACCUAGUGACCAUGACUACAUAUACAACCUGGAUGAGACAGAAGGCCUGUGUGACCUCUUCGAUGUCCCCAUUUUAAACCUCUGACCCAAAGAUGACCAUCACAGUGGGUGAACCCCUCUCAGCUUAGGCGCCCCUAACCCCCCCUCCCCCCCAUUCACUGACUGUGAAGGUGAGCGUGAAACAGUACGCGUUGAAAGACUUGCUUUGAACGGGGAUCUCAACCUGAGCUCAGUAGCGCCGCCUUCAGCCACUGGAGGGGGGAAAAAAAAACAGCAAGAUCAAAACCAUUUUAUUUUCAGCUUUUCCAUGAAUUAAAACAAAACUGAAAAAGUC